AUGUGUGCUUUAAGGGUAGAAGUUAAAGGCUGUGAGAGUAAAGGUAAGCAGUUUCCACAAGAUAAGGAAUUGUCAGAUCCAUAUUUGCAUGCAGGAUCUAUAGUGCCCUGUUUCUGUUUCUUAUAUUAGGCUUCUAAAUACUAUGAUUUAUAUAUAUAGUUUUACUUGCUUGCUGAUUUACGCUGUUCCGGGCAUAAGCCCGAAGCGAGGGUACUAUAAAUUCCGCUCGGCUAUUUACACCCGGGGAAGGAAAAGCAUUAGCAAAGUCUAAAGUUCAUCAAUAAUCGCGAGCGCGUGGCUAUGUUUGAUCGUGUCAUGGGUGGACCUCCUCACUGAUCUCAAAAAUAUGGCUGUUUGCCAGGAGUAGAAUAAGCAUUGUUGUAUAAAUUCAUUGUUGUAUAAAAAAUUCUUUGUUGGAUAGUUAAACGGAAAUGGCAAUAUAAUAUUUUAUUUUCUCAUUUGAAAGAACUUUUGAAACUACAUAUUAACUUCUUUUACCGAUUUUUCAUAUCUUGCUUAGUUCUUGAAAUAUUUUUCCUUGAAGUAAUGAGAUGUUCGCCAUCUUGGAUAAAUUUUUGAUCUAAUUAACGGUAGUUUUGGUGACGUCACAACAGGGAAUAACCAUAUAAAAGUAUUUGUUGCUGACCAAAUACUGAUUGGCAGAUGUUUUAAAGAUUUUGAAUUAUCUUGAUAUUUCGAAGGGCAGAUAGAGUAUAGUUUUGACUGCAAAAUGAUUAGUGGUUGUCUAGAUAAAAAAUAUUGCGUGACCCUUGUUGUGACGUGACAUGCAUAUCUACAAAAAUUGAAGAUGGCGGACAUUUCAUUCCUUUCGAUCAAAAUAUUUGCAGAAGUAAGCAAGAUAUGAAAAAACGAUAAAAGAUUAUUAUAUACAGUCUUAAAAGUUCUUUCAAAUGAGAAACUAAAAAUAUAUAUUGCCAUUUCUCUUUAAAAGUUUAUUUUUGCUAUUUUAUACAAAAAGAUAUAAAGUUUUUUAAAAAUUAAAAAAUAAUCGUGUUCCUAUGGCAACACUUGAGUUGAUGCGCAACGCGAGGCUGCGUGCAGCGUUGGCCAAUCCCAAACACCUCAUGUUAAAUCAACGUUUGGAAAAUAUGGGCGAGGGGUUGCUGCAUGCAUGCAUUUCUAUAGUAAUAUUCUUAAUAUGCCCAAUACUCACAGUGUGGAAACCAAUUUUAGCUGAAAAUGUCAGCGUUAUUAAAUAAUGCUAUUUAUUAUAUAAACAUAAGUGUUAUGUAGAGUUUUUGGCCACUGAGAAAAAUCGUAUUUAAACACACGUAAAAAUACGAUAUUUUUACGUGUGAAAAUAUCAUUUGUUGUAAAACGCAUUGCCACGGACGUUUUAUUGUUUUUCACUGAAUAUAUUUUGUUUAUAUAAUAAAAAUACAUUGGUGCUUGGAAAUACCAGAUUUAUUUCUCGUGUUGAACAUGAUAUCUCACUCGUUUGCUGCGCUCACUCGUGAGGUAUCAUGUUCAACACUCGAACUAAAUCUGGUAUUUCCGCGCACCCAGGUAUUAUUCUCUAUAUACAUCAUUGAUCGUCAUCAUCAUCUAAGUUACUGUAACUGGAUUAUUGCCAUGUGACCAAAAACGAAUGGCAACAAUACGGUCAAAUGUCUCGGGCAUCCAGCGGGAUUGGACAAUGCUUCGACAGCAAAUUUGAGCAAUAGUUUUCUGGCCAAAUUACAGCACGUGUCUGCGAUUGUAACUGCGUCAAUUCUGAAGUCAAAUGCACCCAUGUAUGUAGCAAUACACGGCAACUUCGCCAUUUUCGGUUGCAACCAAGGGCGAGAAAAGAGUAAUGUCAGGCGUUAAAAAAACACACCGCCAACUUUAAUUGAACAUAUCCCACUCCUGUUCAGUGUUAGGAGAUUAUCAGGAACAUAUAUGACUUUUCUUUGAAAGUUUCUUAGAAUUUGCAUCUGCGUUGGACAGAAAAGUUAAGGCACAAUUACGGUUCAUUUAGGCACGAUUCAUUUUGAGUAAAAUAGCUUUUGGGUGAAAGAAUAACACCACAAUGAAUGCUAAAUAUGGCGAGAAAAGAAAAGGGGAGGCGGGGAAUUUGUGAAGCCUCUCUUCCCCCAUACUGCAUGCUCUUUUCAAAAUGAUAGCUAAUUACGCAGUAUAUAUACCGCAUUUUACUGGAAAAGAAAAUCAUAAAAAUUCUAUUUGCUUUUCAAAUAUUUCAUAUAUGACGCUGGUGGUGACACUCAGGCAAUAAAAAACAGGACUCCGUGCAUGCCCAAGAGUUGACCUUGAUGCUAUCAGGGCAAGCACAGCGAGUACUGGUUGAAAUGGAAGCCGUUGCCUAGGGGGAACGAUGACAGCUACUUUCAAAAUCAGGAUGAGAUUAACAUGAACGACAUUCAGUUCACAUUAUCAACGAUGUCAACGACGAGAGCAAGAACCAGUUUUACAGCUGAUAUACACACUAUAUAUAGGCUCCGCAGUAGGUGUGGGUGUUAACGCCAAGGUUGGUUACGGAAAUAUUGGAUGGCAGAGCAGUUUCUGGAACACCAUAAACUUGUAAAGUUUGUUUAUUUGUGUGCAUCAUCGGUGGAAGUAUUAUUAUCCACAAGAACAUUUAUAGAGACGUUGAUGUAAAUUCACCAAAAAAGCAGAGAUAAAAAAAGUCCAUCAGUUUAUCGGUAAAAUAUGCGAGCCAAGAGAGGAUCCUCGCCUUGUACUAACCAGCCCAAAUCAAGAUAAAUGACUUCUGAAAGAGACAUGCAGUAAAGGAAUAACCCGUAUAAAUCUCGUUUACAAAAAAGGAUUUCUAUGCCUCCACCAAUAAGCUUGAAGAGAGAAAAGUGAAAGACUAAGAUUAUAAACCAACUAUUGUAGAUGAAGGGGACAAAAAUAGAACUUCGCGGAAGGAAUUAGGCAGUGUCUUGUACAGCAAUCACCCACUGAAUGAAUGUAGCCAGCUAACGAAAGGAAGAUAUUUAUAUUGGACGUGAAGAACGACAGUGCAACAUACCGGAUAAUAUCACCGAAUCCACAGUGAGCCUGAACAUACUGGGACAGUACGUGAAAUGCUCGUACCUCUGUUUGGCUUGAUUCCGAAAAAGGGGGACCACAGACCCUGUUCAAUACACAGAGAUCCCACAAUGUUUACACCAGCUAGGGAACUUUUUUAAUAGAAUUUUUGUGAAUUAAUUGAAGGAUCCGAUGAUGUUGACAAGGGAAUACUGCAUGGUAUAUUGUAUUGCGAGGGCAGUUCUACAUUAUCAAGUAAAACUGCCCUGCGUAUCAUCCUGCAGACCAUGCAGUGAAAUUCGCUCAUUUACGCAACAUUAAAUUUUCACUAAAUGUAAUAUAGGAUGCUAAAAAGUUGCCAGUUUUCACGUCGCGGCCUAUUAUUUGACGAUUUCAACAAAUAUGUUGUACAAUGUUCAGAAGACACGGGCAUCAGUUUAGAAAAGUCACUGCUUGUUUUUUUUUAUGUUUUACGAAGUGUUCAAGACAAUAAAAAUCCCUUGGUAAACAUCUUCGUAAAUUCUAUUAUUUUUGCAUGUUUGUAAGAUACUUGCACUGUCUUAGUAUAGGCGUGAAUGUAACGUAUUUGUAAUUGUAAUUAUUAUACAUUGUAGUAGCUGCAUGCGUUUUGACUGGUUAAUAGCUUACAGCUAAAUAUGGAAAUCACGCAACCUACACAUAACACAGUUAUCUGUUAGCAGAUAAGUGAGUCAUGUGUAGGUUGAGCCCGCGGUAUGUAAUUUUGUAAGAAGCUGUAGUUUUAAAUAUAUAAAUAAAAACAUGGAAAAAAAACGUGAACGAGCGGCGUUUUCGUGAAUGCUUUGUGCAAAAAGCAGAUCUUUUUGGCAUUUUAUCAGAACUUUAGUAGGUAAAUGGGAUUUCUAAUAUUUUAUGCUGUUAUUGUGAUAUUUUACAUCGUUUUCACUGCUUUGUUUGAGAACCAAAGUUGUUUUGUGCGACAUACUCAUUGUUUGCCGAAAGAGUUAAAGAAGAUGCAAUCUAUAACACUUAUCUCGACCUUGAUAAUUGUGGAUAUCACAAAAACUUCAUCCAAUAACUGUUUAUUAUUAGUGUAGCUAUUAUUGUAUUCGCAAUCGUUAUAUUUGCUGCCAAUUUCUUUUCUAGAUAUCUGGUUCAAUCCAGUUCCUCUUGGCAUGAGCAGUAAAUUGAUUUUGGACUCGCAAAUGAAAGUUUCGUCCUCGAAGUUCUAUACAUCCGGUGCCGAUAAUGGAAGAAAAGAUUUGACAGCAAUACCUAAUGUCCGACAUGGUGGUUGGAUAGCAGCAGAUCAUGAUAGUGAUCCUUGGUUUCAGGUUGAUUUUAUUGUCAAUGUGACUGUCAACAUGUUAUAUAUGCAAGGAUUGUCUGGCACGAACCAUAGUGUGACAAAGUACACAAUUGCUUCGAGCGAUGAUGGCGAAACAUUCUCCGAUUACAAAACAAAUAACCAGCAAACUGCAAAGCCAAAGGUAAGAUGUAAAUUCUACUCACUGCAAAUCAAGGCGCGUAUACAUGUAAGCGCGUUUCUGCAAACUACUGUACAGGGUGUAUCAAAAAAAGCGCAAUCCUCGACUGAAAUGUAAAUUGCUAAACAAAUAAUAGACGAAAACGUUAAAGUUUACAUUCAUUUUAAAGCGUAGCCAUUCAGCUUUCUAACAGUGGGUUGUUUCUUAAAUUUGACUCAUUGGUUCGCGGGUAAUAAUACUUUACGUUAUUGCGAUUGGAGAUUAAAAAAAUUGAGAUGGAAUAACAAAUCGUUCUCAUGAAAAUAACUGAUUUUUUCAUUAAAACAAAAAAAUGUUGCAUUUUAAUAAAUGGAUUGUAACAAUAAGUAUAAUUACGGCUUUUCUUCCACUAUUUUUAACACAGUUUGAAACUUCAAAUGCGAUAUAAUUUUGGCUUGGACCAUCUAAGCUGACUGACAUCAGCUUGCUAUAAUUUCUGUUUACAUUACAUCGCAAUUCGAUGACACUCUGGCUCAGACACCAGAAUGUUUUGAUUCUAUGAUUUUUAGCAUUCGUUUAGGAUUUUCAAACAACCUGGUCUCUUUUAAAAUACUUUUAAUUUGUUCUUACGUGGUUUUCCAGAUGUAGUGACGACAACAUUAAAGUUUAAAGAAGAAAAUUCUAACAUUUAAACCGACUAAACAAUAACAUAGUAAACUUGCAUAAUUAAACAGCAACUAAAAAUGAUAGGUUUUACUAAAUCUUUUCCUGUGCAAUUAUUACUAGCAUUGGAGACAAGGAUAAUAGUUUGUUUGAAAGAGAAAAGAACAUGCUUUGAAGUAAGCCUAAAAGCGUUUAACUAGAAAUAGUAUUUCGAAAGUUAUUAAGCACAAAAGAUGAAUUGCGUUUAUUUUGAUACACCCUGUAUACCGUUCCGUCUGUUCUUCGGGAGCCAGUUGUUCAAAGCUGGAUUAGCGCUAAUCCUGGGUUAAAAUUUAACCCGCUGUUUUGGUUGUGUAUUUCUAUGUAUACGUCCGUUUAUUAUCUUCAGAAAGGAAAACCCCUGUUGAUCCAGACACGAUUUCUGAAGAAAUAUUUCCAAGUUUAUCAACAAGCUGUUGGGGUUUUAGGUUAACCUAGGGUUAAGCUAACCAUCGUUCGAACAACCUACCCCAGACCUUAACACCUGCUUUCUAUGUGGUCGUAACUGUCUCAUCAUAGAACCAUAGUCUUUAUCAGCAUCCAUGUUAGGACGGCUUAGAAUGUAUAACUUUUUUUUCUGAUUUCCAUGAUAUGCAACUAUAUAUGGUAAACGAUAAAGCAUUUUGUUUUCAUCUGGUGGUCGGUUGUACGAAGGCCGGGUAGCGCUACCCACCUAAUAGUGAUUUUUUCAAGCUUGGUAAAAUUUACCGUUGAUUGGCAUAACCCAGAUUAAAAUCAACAGGGAAGGCUAGUAGAUGCUGUGUCACAAUAGCGGAAGUCAAACAAUUAUGCCACAUGAUUUGUUGUGACAUCACUUGCAAGGCUGAAUACAUCUAAGCUCCCUAAUUUUCAAAUUAUGUCGUAGACCGAUUUGAAAAAUGGUUGACAUAAUUAUCUUUCUCCCAAAAUGAAUUUCGACCAAGGUAAUCACUGCCGCAUUAUAGAAGGCUAUUAAUUUACGAAAUAUAAAUAUAAUACCAUGAAUAUUUUCCUUGAGAAAUUAAAUCUUUAAAAUACCAAAGGUUCUGCUAGAUUUAAAGAGUCAUUGUCAACCACAAUGCAUUUGUUCACAUCUUACCUUCGGAAGUGGCGAAUAGCAACAAAUGACGAUUAUAAACAUUUCUUUGGUGCAAUUUUAGUAUAAAAAAGUUAAAAUGAGCAAGUAUAACCAUAGGAUGGUAGUAAUAUAUUAUGGAUUGAAAACCGAAUCAUCUAUUAUUCCGCCAUCCUAAAUGGCCGCCAAGCAGGUUUGGGCGCACAAUGCAUUGUGGUUGACAAUGACUCUUUAACAAAGAAGAUUGGCUAGCCUCGUUCUGGUGCUUUUUGUGCUCUUCAAAGGGUUAUAAUUUCACUUGCCUAGAUUGUUUUCAUUCUUGAACUGUACGCUUUGCCUUAGAUAUCAGUCUCUGUUGAAAAAUUGUUUAUUAGCUUGGUAAUGCAUAAAAUAUAAAUUGUGAUGCCUAUAGUUUUCGAAUCGGAGAAAAACACAUAUCAUUUCCGCAUUGUUUUGCAUGGCAUCCAUGUUCUAAAAAUCCUUUACUUCAUUUUGCGAUGUCUGAAGACGGACCGCAUGCACGAAGCGUGCAUGGCAUUAAAUGAGAAACAAAAAAGUAUCAGAGAGGUGUCAACGCUGGAUCUCUUUAACACAUAUAUUAUUACUUUAGGUAUUUAGCGUCAUUUCCUGGCAAGAUAUUUUCCCGCACGUCUUCGCUCGCUUUAUCCGGAUUCACCCAAAGGAGUGGAAUGGUUCAUGUGCAAUGAGGGUGGAAUUUUAUGGUAGAUAUAAAGGUAUGUACAAGUAUGUAUGGUGUAUGACUAGAAAUUAACACAGAUUACGACACUCUGUAAACAGUACUUACUCCAAAAACUUCUAUAAGAUUAGGUAAUCCAGACGACUGUAACAAUACAUACGCAGAUAACUGUAGAGACGAAUAACGAUUUGCGAUUUACUGAUGAAUACAAUUCAUUAAAUGAUAUAUCGUUAAACAACCGUAAAGUCUGUUUUCUACUAGGAGAAUUUAUUCGAGCUUAAGCGACUUUUUCGUCGGCAAACGCGAUGCCGACAAAGGAAAAAGUCGCUUCGUGCGAACAACUUCGCCAAGUGGAAAACGGGAUUAAAUCAGAAUUUUCCUAAAAAAUUAUUUCUAAGAUUCGAGGAUGAAUUUACUUAAAUGAUCGUGAUGUCGAUGUACUGGCGUUUAGAGAAACUAGACUUGAAUCUGAUUUUCCAAAAGAAUUAAUUUUUAUCCAUGGGUAUAAUUGGAUUGGUAGAGAUAGAAAUAGGCUUGCUGGUGGGAUUGGCUUUUAUAUUAUUAUGAAAUAAUAAUGCUGACAUCGAAGUACUAACUGUCGAAAUAUCUAAAUAUGAAACCAAACCUUUUAUAAUAAGCAAGAUAUGAAAGCAUUUAGAAUAAGGCCAAACCCGUAAAUGUAGUAACACAGGUCGAAAUAAUUUGAAAUAACUACAUAUAUUUCUCGUCAUAACUUUGUCAAUAUAGUAGGUACGACGUACAUUCAACUAUAUUUGAAUUCCUCAAAGUCUAGCGAUCACAAAUAUAUAUAAAUUCUGUAGUCUGAGUUUUCGAAGAGCAAUGAAUAAUUUGAGUUUUCGAAGAGCCGAAUGAACUCAGGGAAACCAUGACAAAAUCAGAGCUACACAUAUUCGAAUGUUGGGACAAUAAAGCAGCUAAAAACCUAAAACAAUGCAUGAAUGAUGUAAUGCUUUAGUUGUAAAUAAGAGAAACUUGCUGAGAAAUGAGUGAAACCGGUUUAGCCGUACUUUUCAUGAGCCGAACUUAAUUCAUAUUGUAGUGCACUAAAAUAGGCUUCUAUUUAAUUUUGAUUCAAGCAGGCGUGCUUUUCAUGAGCCGUACUUGCAGGUAAGCUACGUGAAGCGUUCCUCUUUUGACUUCCUAACUCAUUUGGAAUUUUCCUCAUUAUACUUUGCAAAUUUGAAAAAUUCUUUGCAAACCCUUGAGGGGAAUUUGCAAUGUUCCUAUCGGCUGUUGGGCCCUGUUGCGAUAUUCCAAUAAAAAAAACUUUUCUAACUUCCUGUUCUGUUCUGAGAGUUGUCAUAUGGUGGAUUAUUUUUGUUUAUAGCCAAUUGCAACGCUUAGAACAGAACGGGAAGUUAGAAACUUGUAACAGGAAGUUACGAACUUCUAAUAGGAACUCAGGAAAAUUUAAUCGCCUUUUAGCAACAUUGCAAAUUCCCUCAAGGGAUUUGCAAGGGCGUUUUUAAAUUGCAAAGGUAACGAGGAAAAUUGCAAUCAAUUUAGAAACUCAAAAGAGGAACGCUUAACGUAGUUUACCUGUAAUUAACUGCGCUUCUUCCCUUUGAAUCCUGGGGCAAGUGACGUUCAUAACAACAAAACUGACGGUCUUUUUUAAAUAUAAUCUCAUACGAUCUUCGUAGUUCUCGUAAUUAAACAGCUUUAUAAAAAGCUAUGCAAACUAAGCAUGACACCUGGACGGAAAAGGAUUAUUUUCAUAAGAAAAUUGCUUGCGAAGAACAAAACAAGACGAAAAUUGUUGCAUAACUAUCUUGAUGGCCACUGUUACCCUGAGAAGAAUAAUGUUGCGAAAUGCCAUGCUGCACUGCCAUAAUGCAUUCGAUUUUUCGAUACACAUUGAAUGCAUUUUUAUGUUGUUUCCCUUUACAUGUGAUACAGGCAGCCAUGUUGUCAAAUGAUUCCCGUGUGGGUGCUAAUUUUCGCGCGUGAGAACGAGAACAAUAGAAGUAUGCACAUUUUACUAUUCUCAUGAUUUAUGCAUUUAGAACGGCUAGUGACAAGUACGGCUGUAUAUGAAUCAACCCCCGCUGCAGCCGUGAAACGCGCCAGAACCCUGCGAACUUUUUAAUUCAGCCGUGUUUAAUAUGAGUACAGUGCUUAUUUGAUUCAGAAGCCGUACUUCUCGUGUACUUAAUUCAGUUAAUUAAGUUCGGCUCAUGAAUAGUGCGGGAUCUAAAACCGGACCUGAAUCGCCGCAACUGUUUAGCUUUGGAAACAGGGCCUUUUUUAACUAUAUAACUGGGGUUGAGGAAGGGGGUCAAAGUUCCCCCAGCCCCCAUAGUGGGAUGCGUCAAUAAUUUCAGCGCUGACGCUGAUCGCCUAAGUUUUGGAAUGUAUAUGGAAUUCAACAUCUCCGUACGGUAUAAGGUUUUAAAACGCUGAUUAUGCUAUAAUUAUCUUCUGGACUGAGAUUUCAUAUGGAUUUGUCAAAUAUCUUUAUAAGAGACUGUCCUAAAAGGGGGCCAAAUUUUCUAGGAAAUAUGGCGGGGGGGGGGGCAAAUUUAAGGGGGGGGGGGUAUUUAAUUCCUAUUCAUGUUUUCGAUUUUACCUUCAUUUCCAGGAUGUUACACUCCUGAAGACCUGGGUAUGGAGAACAAGAAGAUUUUAGGGAACCAGUUGAGUGCUUCGCGCGAAACAUCGGCGGACCAGACAGCUCCGUGUGGCAGACUGAACGGAAAAGGUUGGCAAGGAGGAAGCGGAGAUUUUGAUAUGUGGUAUCAGGUUGACUUCAUGAAACGUGCUAAGGUCACUGCCAUAAAAACGCAAGGCGGUGUAUCCUAUUAUGUCAAGAUAUUCAAGCUUUCAUACAGCAAUAAUGGAAUUGAUUUUCCUGAAUAUGUGGAUGUCAUGGGGACAAAGGUAUGGUAA